AUGAAGAGAACCAAUUUGGACUUGCAGCAGGAACGUGACAAAUGCUCCUUUAAUGUGCAGGAGUUAACGACUUUAAUCGAUGGUGGCCCGGAGAAAACUGCCGAGCGUAAGGAAAGAGAGGAUGUAAUGUUGAGUAAAAGAGAAGUAUUCGAUAGCGUACCGGAAGAAUAUCUCAGCCACAAAGAGAGAUACGAGAACGCUGUCAGGAAGUCCGUGGUACUUUUUAGUUUGGUACGCAAAAUGCAAGAGGAGGGCAAGACGAGCAUUACUAAUUAUAGAGACGUGGUAGGCGGACUUUUGGGUACAAGUACUUUGAGAGACGGGUCACCUUUGGGUCUGCAUUACAUUAUGUUCAUGCCGGCUAUUUUGAAUCAAGGAAAUGAAGAGCAGCAAGCGAAAUGGCUUUCGCGGGCUUGGAAUUGCAGCAUAAUUGGCAGCUACGCUCAAACUGAACUGGGCCACGGAACGUUUAUCCGUGGUCUGGAGACCACAGCGACCUACGACUCGGCCACCGAGGAGUUCGUGCUGCACAGCCCGACGCUCAGCUCUUACAAAUGGUGGCCCGGCGGACUGGGACACACGGCGAAUUAUUGCAUAGUCGUUGCUCAACUUUACACAAAAGGCCAAUGUCAUGGUAUUCAUUCGUUUAUUGUACAAGUUCGGGACGAAGACACUCACAUGCCGUUGCCUGGAAUGAAAGUAGGAGAAAUUGGCGCGAAACUAGGCCUUAACUCUGUUAAUAAUGGAUUCCUUGGUUUUGAUAAUGUACGGAUACCGAGGAGUCACAUGUUGAUGAAACACGCUCAGGUUUUGAAGGAUGGUACCUACGUAAGAUCCCGUCACAGUAAACUAAAUUAUGGAGCCAUGGUGUUCGUAAGGGUGGUCAUAGUUUUCGAUAUGGUCAAUUAUUUAUCUAAAGCAGUGACUAUCGCAACCAGAUACUCAGCAGUACGGAGACAAUCGCAAUUGAAACAAGGAGAACCCGAAUGCCAGAUCUUGGAUUAUGUGACACAGCAGCACAAAAUUUUCAUCGGGAUAGCCUCUUGCCACGCCUUUCGGAUUACCGCCAACAAACUGUGGAACACUUUCCAUGCCAUCAAUGAGGAGUUGGUUGGUGGAAAUUUGGAGCGUUUGCCGGAAUUGCACGCGCUCGCGUGCUGCCUAAAAGCGAUCACUACGAGCGACGCGGCGGCUUUCGUGGAGCGGUGCCGUCUGGCCUGCGGCGGCCACGGGUACAUGCUCUCGUCCAAUCUGCCCCUGAUGUAUGGCCUCGUCACCGCCGCCUGCACCUACGAGGGUGAGAACACCGUUCUGCUGCUGCAAACCGCUAGAUUUUUAGUAAAGACAUACCAAAAUUUGGAGACGAAUGCCUUGACACCGACCGUGGCUUACCUGAAAUCGGCCAUUGCUAAAUCCCAUGAACGCUGGUCUAACACGGUCGAUGGAAUCAGAGACGGGCUACAAGUUGUUGCAAUGAGAAAAAUUUCGUAUUGUGUGGAAAAUAUCACAAAGAUAGUCAAUAGCGGCAUGUCUUUUGAGGACGCUUGGAAUAGAACCUCUAUACAGUUGGUUGCCGCAGCGGAAGUCCAUUGCCGCGUCAUAGUUAUGACCACAUUUUACGAGGAAGUGGAACUUCUUGCUAAUGCAGUUUCUGCAGAAUUAAAAGAGGUCCUUCAUCAGCUCGUGGAGUUAUAUUCCGUUUAUUGGGCACUGGAAAUGCUCAGCGAUUUGCUACUGUAUACUAAAAUAACGCAAGCGGACGUGGACAAAAUGCGUUUAUGGUAUGAAGAGACCCUGGGCAAAAUUAGAAGAAACGCUGUGGGUUUGGUGGACGCUUUCGACAUACGUGAUGACAUGCUGCAAUCGACGUUGGGCGCGUACGACGGCCGCGUAUACGAACGCUUGAUGGAGGAAGCAGCGAAGAGCCCUCUCAACGCUGAACCCGUCAAUGACACAUUCCACAGAUACCUCAAGCCGUUCAUGCAGGGCAAACUA